AGAUCCUCUGGAAUUGCCACGAGCGUGAGAUCCGCUAAACUGCGGCUCGGCUCACUUACUAAUAAAUCGUUCCCGGGAGCAGUAUCGUCGGAAAAGAAACCGCGAUCCAAAAACAAAACAAAGAAAUAUACGUACUAUAAAGCUCGCGGCAGCGAUUCGUUAAUAGUUACAACGAAGCUGAAAUAUCUCGUAAAAUAUCGCGUUUUUACACGUCUGGCAAUUCUGGAUUCUUCUGGUUAUCACCGGUACUUUGCCGCUUUAAACGGGGAUUCAUCGUACUUCGGUGAAACAAAGGACGUGAAAACAUCGGUAUUCGCUCACAUUGUUUUCUCAACGAGUGUUGAUCAGUGAUUUUGUGAACGGACAAUUCUCAGCACCGCGUGUUUUGGGUGACAUGUGCAGUGACUUUUGUUAAUUCUUUUCUUCUCUUCUCUUCCUCUCUAUCUCUCUUUCUCUUCCCUUCAUCGCUGUGGAUAUUGAUGAACAAAUGCGAAAACAUUCGACCUUCUAAGUCGGUAUACAAUCGCGACUGAUCAAUUUUUUCAUUUCUCUUUCUCAAGUGUAUUUCGACGCGAAUAAACAAGUACGCGUUGUUGUUACCGUUUUCGUUUUCUUACGCCUCGUUUUUCGAGGUUAUAUUCAAUUACCGCGAUUUCAAGACAAUCGUCUCUGAAACGGCUACAAGAUUGACCUGGAAUUGCAUCAACGGGCCGCCGGCCAUUUUAUGAGAGCUGGCGGCAACAUGUGCGACGGUGGUGCGUUCACGGAUACACUCCGUUGUAUUCCCGGCAUGUCCGUCGGAUCGCCACCCGGUGGCGGCGGCGUUGGUCCGGGUGGAGUCGGCCUCGGAGCAGCCAAAAAGCCUGAAACUAAACACGUCAAAAGGCCCAUGAACGCGUUCAUGGUUUGGUCAAGAUUACAACGCAAAAAAAUUGCUCAAGAAAAUCCCAAGAUGCACAACAGCGAAAUAUCCAAGAGGCUCGGAGCUGCGUGGAAACUUUUACCGGAUGAUGAAAAACGUCCCUACAUCGAUGAAGCUAAAAGGCUGAGGAACUUGCACAUGAAAGAACAUCCCGACUACAAAUACAGACCGAGGAGAAAGCCAAAGUCACUUAAAAAAGAAGGCUAUUCUUACAGUAUUCCCUAUGCCAGUGUCUCCAUGGAUGCUCUUCGAGCCGGCAUGGCUGGUGGCAUGGCACAAGGGGGUAUGGGAUCCUUCUACGGACCAGCAGCAGCUUAUGGAUCCAUUUCGGCAGCCAGCAUGGCUGCGGCUGCUGCAGCCGCUGCCCAACAAUCAAUGUCCGCCGGUCUCGGGACACCUGGCCAGGUCGUAAGUUCAAUGGACGCGAUGAAGUACUCGAUAGAGGCGGACAAAUACAGGCCGGCUUACAUGCCCCCGAGCACGUUAGCGAUGAGCAUGUAUUCGGAUCCGAAGUACCUCGACUCGACCCCGAAGCCGUAUCUCGAUCGCAAUUACUUCGAUUCGGCGAAGGCUUAUUUCGAGCAGUCCAAGUUGUACAUGGAUCAGAAGCAGAGCAACGCCGAAUACAAUCGGCCGAGCUACGAGCCGAACAAGUUGUACGAGGAAUCGAGCCCGAUCGGAUCGGCGAGAUCGCCCGCAGCCGACUCCCCGGACGUAAUGAAGCAGCAGCACUCCGACCGGACGGAACAGCACGGCUCGUCGAGCGCGAGCUCGACCUCGACCUCCGCGGCGAGCCCCGGCGCUCCCCGAGUGCCCACUUAUUACCACGACUCCGUGCAAGCCGGGGGACUCUUCGCCCCUCAGUCCGGGCAGUACAGUAGCUUUCAACCUGCUCCCGCACCCGGUAACGAGUUCCGACGACCUCUCACCGUUAUCUUCUGACCCGACAGAUCUUAGCUCCGCUCGAUAUUCGCGGAUUAUCGAUCUUAAGUCGGCCACCUCGAGGCGGCAAGCUGACGCGUAGAAAAUAAAUUCCCAAUGCUCUCCAACCUCCGAGUUUAACGCGCGUCGAGCGCGUUCGCGAGAUUCGAUUACCGCGGCGGAGCGCUCCGUUCGCUCUCUUCGUCUGCUUCUAAUCAUUUUUUCUCGCCUCACCCUUUCAUUAUUCCGUGUAAAUAUUCGAGCUGUCUUUACACGCUGCUAGGCUCCCAUCCGACGUUUCCUCUCACCUAACCGCGCUCUGGCUCGUCACCACGAUGAAUUUCGUUCUUAUUGUUUCCAAGUUCAUCCCCGUGCGUCGUUCUUCAGGCGUUGAAUUUCGCUGCCCACGGGCCGGAAGUCGAUUCCGCGUUCUCACGCGACAGAGUCGGCUGCCUAUUUUGACGAGGCAUCAAUAAAAAGCGCGUCCUGGCUCGCCCGUGUAAAUAAUCUCUCUCUGACCGGCCGUUUUUUCUCCCCCCUCAUAGCUGUUCGCGUCAAAAUCCAUUUGGGGUUUGCGCGAUUUUCGAUUUUCGAUAUUUCUAAGGCUUAGUGUCGAUUACCACAUACCGGCGCGAAGGGCGAGGUACAAAGCACACUGCGCAGGCGUAAUAUAGCUGCUGAUACGGCGAGCGACCGGGGGGGCACAUCCGCGAAGGAAAAUACGCGUGAGAGCUAAAUGAAUUGCGCAUUCGGCCAUAAAAGUACCUCCGCACUCCGGACAAAAUACGUCCGCGCGCAUAUGCUCAAACUCAGGCGCAAUAUACGACAUAAAUAUACGUGUUUGUACCGUGAUUUGCUAAUCGUAUCUCAAUCUUGUGUCGUAUGUAUCGAGAAAUGGCGAUUUAACGAGCCAUUUAACUUCUUUUUUUUUAUUUUUCUCUCUUUCCAAAAUCCUAACGAAGGAUUAUAUAAAUGUAAAUAUCCCGUGUACAUAUAGGCAUGCAUAUAUAUAUUUAUAAAUAUAUAUAAAAGACACAGACACGGGCGGGCGCACGUGCCCAUACGCGCGGAGGCGAGCACACGUGCGCAAACGCACUUACACGACACACAGGACACUGGCAUGAAUAAUUAUAUAUAUAUAUAUAUAUAUAUAGUUGGUGGAGAGAAUCUCGUGAUUGUUGCAGUGCAACGGUUAUUCGUGUCGUACGUGUAAUCGCGGAUUGACAGAUCUCAGCGAUAAUAUAAUCGUCCACGAGAACGGAUGAUCUUCGAAAAAUUCUUUUGAUUAAUCACUUUUUAUUUUGCUCUUUCUUUACUUCGUUAUGUGGCCCACGACGAAAAGAGGCGCGAUAACGCUCUCGUAUAGCGCAUUACCUGUAAAUAGAUUGCACUUCGUUAAUCUGUAAGUAUACCGGUACUUGGGCAAACGGCCUAAAAUCACUCGAUGAAAGGGAUAAAAAGGACACGCAGCACUCGAAAAUCCCCCUGAACGUGUGUCGGUGGACUGAGAAAAGAUAAUGAAAAUAUGAUAUUUGACACGACCGUGAACGUUGCGUUCUCGUGUCUGCGAGCCCCGUAUGAGCGUGUCGGGAUCGUGUGAAAACAUGAUUUACGUCAAUAACGUUAAGUAAACUGGCUGUAUGUGACAUAAAAACGAAUGAAAAUUUCAUGAUAAAAUUUUUUGUUUUAUUGUUGAUGUGUACGAUGUUCGGUCAAUCGAUGUUUGGUUGCGAGGUUUCGAUGCAAAAUGCCAUUAAAACCGAGCUUUGACGGUCCAAGUAUUUAUUUGCGGUUGUUGAUAAUUUAAAAAAAAUGAGUGAGAGAGAGAGAGAGAGAGAGAGAAAAUACAUUCGUGGAAUCGUGAUUCAUCGGUGAUUAUUUUUCAAUUCAAUGGUACCACCCACUCGGUCCCAUUUAUUUUACGAUGCAAUACUCGAUUCUACGAAUCUGUCGGUUACAAAGGUUACCCUUCGUUUUCUUCGUUGGUCCGUGUAACACGCUUCUUUUCGUAACUUUGAAAAUAUUAGCUCACACGCGGUUGUUAUUUCCGAAUUCUAUUGUCUUGUUUGAUAAAUCAGUUAUUACGUUAUUUAUCUUCGUAGGGCCCUCCCUCCCGAGUCCGUACGGACGCGAUCGAUCUCCAGGAGCUAUUGACCGUUAUUUAAUACUUUUUUUUUUCCUUUUCUUUUCUUUCAUCCAUUUGAAAAUAAGGCUCUUAUGAUCGUCGAUCGACCACUUGUACAACUUGUAACCUUUGUAUUUAUCUUCUUACGUCACGUUGAUUAACCCGUCGUCGAUCUACGUGGAUUGCAAAACAAAGUCUUACACUUUCACACAUUAUUGCAUAGACACUCUUACGAUUAUUCAAAUAUUAUAUUAUACGAGCGAAAUAAAAAGUAAUCUAUAAAUAUUGUAACGUAAGUAACAAAAAAAUACAAAAAAACGAAAAAUUCAUGAAAAGAAUAAACGAUAAGUAUUAU